UGUCCGAGUGCUAGCCAGUACCAUGUACAACUCUGGCUAUGUUGGGAGAAUCUAUGCUUUCUGUUUUCCUCUGUUUCCCGCUUCAGAAUGAUGACCUUCGAAACCUGUCCCUGUCUGGUCAUGUUGGCUUCGACAGUCUUCCAGAUCAGCUGGUCAACAAGUCAACGUCACAAGGCUUUUGCUUCAACAUACUUUGUGUUGGUGAAACUGGCAUUGGCAAGUCGACAUUAAUGGACACUCUGUUUAACACAACGUUUGAAAGUGAGCCAGCCACCCACAAUGAGCCCGGAGUGAGGUUGAAAGCACGAAGUUAUGAACUCCAGGAGAGCAAUGUCCGUCUGAAGCUGACCAUUGUUGACACAGUUGGAUUCGGAGAUCAAAUUAACAAAGAUGACAGCUAUAAACCCAUUGUAGAAUAUAUUGAUGCCCAGUUUGAAGCCUACCUGCAGGAAGAGCUGAAGAUCAAGCGUUCCCUGUUCAACUACCAUGACACGAGGAUUCAUGCUUGCUUGUACUUCAUUGCACCAACAGGACAUUCACUGAAGUCUCUAGACCUGGUCACCAUGAAGAAGCUUGACAGUAAGGUGAACAUUAUUCCUAUAAUAGCCAAAGCUGAUACAAUUGCAAAAAACGAAUUGCAUAAAUUCAAGAGUAAAAUCAUGAGUGAACUUGUCAGUAAUGGAGUUCAAAUCUAUCAGUUCCCAACAGAUGAAGAAACUGUGGCGGAGAUAAAUGCUACAAUGAGUGUCCACCUUCCAUUUGCAGUUGUUGGCAGCACUGAAGAAGUGAAAAUUGGCAACAAGAUGGCAAAGGCCAGGCAGUAUCCUUGGGGUGUUGUGCAGGUUGAAAAUGAAAACCACUGUGACUUUGUGAAGCUGCGGGAGAUGCUGAUCCGUGUGAACAUGGAGGACUUGAGAGAGCAGACGCACACACGGCACUAUGAACUCUACAGGCGCUGCAAGCUAGAAGAAAUGGGAUUCAAAGAUACUGACCCAGAUAGCAAACCAUUUAGUCUUCAAGAGACCUAUGAAGCGAAGAGGAAUGAAUUCCUGGGUGAGCUCCAGAAGAAGGAAGAAGAAAUGAGACAGAUGUUUGUCAUGAGAGUGAAGGAAAAAGAAGCAGAGCUGAAAGAAGCAGAAAAAGAUCUCCAUGAGAAGUUUGACCUUCUAAAGCGGACACACCAAGAAGAGAAAAAAAAGGUAGAAGACAAAAAGAAGGAGCUUGAGGAGGAGCUGAGCAACUUCCAAAAGAAGAAGGCUGCAGCUCAGCUACUACAGUCACAGGCCCAGCAGGCAGGUUCCCAACAAACCAAGAAAGACAAAGACAAGAAAAAUGUGAGAUGUGCAGUGGAGCCAAAGAAGUGACAUGGAUGGUCUACAUAGCCUGGCAGAAAUGGGAGUUAAUGCAAGCUUCACAUAAAGCCUGGCAAGCCAAGGAUGUUCCUGCAUUCACUUGCUUUUGCAGUAAUGUGUCUCAGCCAUCUUUUAAAAAAAACAAAACACAAAUAACUAUUAACUCAUUUAGUAUUGUAGUGGGAAGGUAAAACAAUUAUUACUGGGAAAUUGGGGGGUGGGGAGGGUUGGGGUGCGGGGUUGGAAAUCUAAUGAUGCCAUUUACCUUUCUGGUAAGAAACAGCAGCUGUCAUUCAGACCUGGCAUUCGGAUUUGAAUUGAGAGCAAGUACUGUUCAUUGUAAGCUUGAUUUAGUGCCUGGUAACAUUCCUUGGGCUCCAGUAGACAUGGAGUCAGGCUACUGUUACUAUUUGCACACCCAACUCUCAAAGAGCCAGAUUGCUGUUCCAUGACUCUCCCUGAAUAGUACCUUACGCCCGGGCACAGUCCCAUGGAAAUCUGUGGGAUCAGCUAUGGCGUAAGUUACUGUUCAUUGUCAGUGCACUGCUGUCUGGUCAAAGUCUUUUUCUCUGCUUGUAUUGCUCAACCCAGAAGCCUCACUCAAACUCUCAUCCUUUGACAGCUAACCUAUAGUUAGCUUUGACAGCUAACUGUUUUCUGUGUUUAGUUAACAGAGAUACAGCUGACCUUGCAUGAUUUUACACUUGCAUGGAUUUUUUUUCUUACUGGAUAAUGUAACUGUGGCUUGGAUGUAUUUGGUAGCCGUGUUUGUCUGAGACAAAAAGAAAUGCAAAAAGUCAGAACUCUUGGUUCAGAGAUGAUAAAUUUUAUAAGACCAACUAAGAAAUCACCAAAAAUUUAUCUUUUUCUGCAAGAAGAAGAGCUAAGAAAAAGUCUUUUGUUUGUUGUUGUUGCAAUUUCUUUGUUGGUGUAAUAAAAGGUAUCGUCUCUGAACCAAUAGUUUUUUAUUUUUGCCUAACUGUGGCUUGGCUUUUUGUUAUGUGCCAAACAGGUUAAAUCUCUCUUACAAUAACUCUUCUUAAAUGUUGUGGCUAAUUGGUAACGGCUGAAGUCUGCAUCAAAUGGAGCCACAAUUUCCAGUAGAUAGAGAUUUUCUUCCACUUUUCCUGCUUUGAAAUAAAAAAAGGUUCCCAUCAAAACUAAUCAUAUAACAGUAACCUUUGAGGCCUAUCCUGAAAAGCAAAUAAGUGUUCCAAAAUGUGAUCCCCAUUAUACACAGUGGAAAGAUUAACUGAUUCCUUUAAAUCCCCAUCCAGCAGACACACAUAUGGAUGUACCUGUUCAUGCAAUGUAAUGCCAAGGACUUUCAGGAAAAUAGUCACCUGAAGAAAUUUAUGCAUUGAAUUAUAUGGCUGCAAGGUCAGGCUACUCCCUACUAAUCUAUAUUGAGUGUAGAAAAUCCCAUCUUCUGAUGCCAAGUACAGGGUGAUUUAACACUUGUUAACUUCAGUCACUCUGGGCUUCCAAGAACACCGCAGUUAGCUCCCUUUACAGCUACUUUGACCAAGGCAUAAAAAUGUAAUAUGAAAAUACCACUUAGCUUUGUGAGGGCUAAGAAAUAGGAUGUAAACAGCAGUUUGCCAAAAGAACAGUGAACAGCUCAGUUAACUGCCAAAGCCACCGUAGCAUGCUAACCUCUCCAAAAUGGAAGAGAAGGUGGAGAAAAUGGCUAGAAUGGGUUCUCUUCUUUUUCCUGUUGAGUGGCAUGCAAUUAUCUUGCAUAUAUAUCUUGGGCAUGCAAACAAAAUCUGAGCCUCUCUUCAUGGUCAGCUUGUUAUGAACGUUGACUUGCCUGUUUUAAUUCUGUAUUUUCUCUGCCAUUCCUUUCUGGACAGAGUCUUUUCCUUUCUGAUACAUUCCAAGAAGUGGAGACCCAUGUUUACCUUAUGACUUCCUGGAUUUCUUUCUCUGCUGCUGAUGUACUACCAGCUUCCCCACUGCUCCUAGCUAGGUAGUCUCCUGUUUCUUUCUUUGAAAGCACUCUUGAAAUUAACCCUCUUCACCUCAUACACGCCUAACUGCUUGAUUCUACUCAGACACCAGGAUGGAAUUUUUUUCCUUUUAUUAAUGUAGAUUUAUUUUUACUCCCCCACUUUCACUGCUUAAACAUGGCUCUUGGACAAAGGAAGGGUAGGUGGACAGAUGGCAAAAUUUAAGCAGAGGUAAAAGCAGGAAAGAAACCAUUUCAGAAUUCAGGCUGACUGUAUGCGAGCGUCUUAAUCUGUGAAAAGACCAGCAGUUACAGUAGUCAGGUAAAAUAGUACCAAACGUCAGCUUACUACUGAGCCUAACCUUAUUGACUCUUCGGGAAUUGACUCCCUGCAACCAAUUUCCUAAUCAUAGGCAGCAUGUGAUCACCAGGGAUCCGGGUUUUUCGUUUCCCAGAGAAAAACAGAAAACCACGGAUUCCUCCCCUUUAUUGGAGAAAAAACAGAUUUUUCCUUUUGGCAGAGAUACUCACGGAUUUCCCACUCUUGCAAAGAGCUCUGCAGGCAAGCACAGGUCCAGCCUGCAAGAGCUGUUCGCAAAAAGGGUGGCGAACCCCCAACCCUGUCCAGAGGGAGAGGGGGAAAGGGUGGGGCCUGAGGCUGUGUCAGCCAAGCCUUGGCUCGGGAUCACUUUUCCUUCCUGGAGCCUGUGAGGUAAGUGGGGCUUGCAGGGGGCUGGGGGGUUACAGGUCACAAAUGGGGAUUCAUGAUAGAACAGCCACAGUUGGACCCACAUCUUGGUGCAUGGGGGGAGCUGCUGCCGGGAGGGAGCGAGUGGGAGGUAGGCAGGGAGUGAGGGGCACCGGCAGGGCUGGGGUAGGGGCUGUAGCUUGGGAGUGAGGGGCAAUGACAUAUCAGGGCUGCUCAGCACCACAAAGCAGUGUGGGGGGGGGGCAACCACAGCUGGACCCGCAUCCUGGGAAGUCAGGGGGCAGCAAAAGUUCUGAUUUUCCACGAUGAAAAACCCAAAAUCAGACACUAAAAUGUAUAGGUAUUUAGAACAUAUUUUAUUAUAAUGAUUGACGUACUAGUAGGCUUCCAAAUUGCUUUAAAACUGUAUAUAUAGCCAUAAAACAUUGUGUUAAACUGAUACCCAUAUACAUAGCAGCCGUACAAUUUAAUCAUGGAUUUUGGGGGUUUAAUCGGAGAAUUUGCGAUUUUUUUUUUUUUUAAUUUUUUUUUUUAUAAGGGAAAACCAGGAUCCCUGGUGAUCACACAAAGUGCUCAGCUCUGAAGCUUGACUGCUUGUGUAGUGUGUUUGCAUCAAUCAUGUCUAUGUGUUUAAAUAGCAGAUGGGUUUCUGUGCCAAGUCAGACAUUUUUUAACUGUUUUUCCUGCUUAGCCCCUUUCCAGGGUUGCUUGGCUGAGAUCAUCUGAAUUGAGUGACAUGUUUUGGGUUGGUUUCUUUUUCCAGCAGCUCCACCUUCCUCCUCAUUUACCCCCUCCCUGAACAAGAAAUAUAUCGUAUUGCUUUGGAGAAGCUAGAAAUAAAAUUGUAUCUUGUGGACAUAAAAGGUUUAUUUUUUUUGUCAAGUGUGAUGCUAAUUUUUUAAAAAUCCCUGGGCCAUGUUUAGCUUGUUACUGCUGCACUUCCUUCCUUUCUGUAUCUAUGCCUUUUUUCACAGCAGCCCCUGGCUCUGCAUGGAAUAAAUGAUCCCCUCAAAUCUAGUUGGAUGUGCUUUUCACUUCUGCAUGUAAGUAUAGUAGUAAGACUUUCUGCCCACCAUUGAAAUGAACCAAACAGCCGCUGGUGGUGGUUGUUGUUUUAAGCCCUCUUCUUUUGAGUGGCAAAGCUGAAAUUAUUUUAAGUGUUUUGAUUCAACAAUAACCAGACUGUCCUGGGACUUGUAAAAGAGUUAAGUGCCUCAAUCCUGUUGCAUUUCAAAUGUGAUCUUUUUUUCUUUUUGAAAAUAUCAAUUUAUGGCACUAGCUUGGUCUCACUAAUUUCUCAUGACAGUUGUGUAAUCUUAACUCUUCCUUGCAAGAAUCUGCACAAUUGUGAUGUGUGGUAUAAUUAUUUAAACUAAAGUAGCUGGUCACUGCCCAUGCCACAUUUUCCUCAAGCCUUUUUUUUAAAUCUUGAGGCUAUUAAAAAUGAGUGAGAAUGUUGAAUGAAUUUCUGCAAAUUAGUGUUUCUUGGAUGUGGAAAUACCCCCGUAGACAAAAGGCCCAAAUGACACACACACUUGCCUUGAGAAGGGUAGUAUUUGCUUUGAAUUGCACCGCUAAAAUGGCAUUUCAAGGCCAACUAUCAAUGCCACAGGUGGCAGUUUGAUGCCUGACUCCCAGUGACUCAGUCCACUUCCCAAGGAGAGUGAACAGGGUGGAGGCUCAAGAGUUCUCAGCUUUGACCUGUCUGCUCCCAUUAAAACAAACAGUGCAAGUAGCCCAUUAACUUCUGUAACAGAGUGAGGCCAAUGCUGAUUACUCCUGAAUACCUUACUUCUGUGUAAAUUAGGUAAGAAUGAGGUAAAUGAAGUAAAUAAGAACCUGUGCCCUGUCUUAAACUGGGCCUUACUGACACUGGUGAUGGCCAUGGCUAUCAGAGAGUGUAAAGAGAUGAAACUAUUAGGCUGAUCUAAAAGUGAGAGACUUCAGGCAGGUUAGCUGAAUCUUCUGUAGCUGUUUCACCCCCCUGCUAUAUCCUGUGAUGAGUGGAUGCUAAACAACAGUAGUUUAUCAUUGGUUUUAGGGAUAAAUCACUGUGAUUUAGCUUCCCUUACUUCAACUCAGGGUCAUGUAAAGACCAAAUGUUACAACAUACCAUCUAAUACACACUCAGAAGAAGUAAGCCCCUUUCCUCUUGCCCUUCAGCCCAGGUUUGUCUGUCAUGCCAAGAGCUCCAACCAUGCUCGGAGUUUUAAUGAGCAUUUCGUCACUGUGCUAAAGUCUUUGUCUUUCAGCAUAAACUGAGGAGUAAAGGGUGGUUACAUGGGGAGGGGAGAAUAAUAUAGUUGUCCCUUCACUGGGCUCUCCACCCUGGAAGUCUAAGCCAGUGAUUCUCAACCUCCACCCCUUGAAAAAUGUCACCUCUUAAUGUUCACUUGUCUUUUCAACUACAGAAACAUAACAGCAAUUCUUCUGUUGCAAAGAACCCAAUAGGCCAGAAUGGUUUUGAUACUAUGGAUUCCUAUUUGAAUUUUCAGGGCUUAUCUUGUGAGUCAUGUUUGCACACCUACCAGUGCUAACAUUGUGUGACACCCUGUAGGACCCUUGAAUGGAUUGCAGGGCACCCCAGGGUGCUUCAUGGUUGAAAAUCACUGGUCUAAACAAUCAAAGUAGCUGUGCUUUUGAACCCCAGAAUGCCACAUUUAGGCAGCAUAUCCAGAUUUUACCUGGGAACUCCCGCCUCUUCAAUCCUAAAUCUUCCAUCCUUUUGGUACCUUGUACGUUUUUAGCAACGUAUCCUGUUGAGAAGGCUUUUUUGUAUUUGUCUCUUUUUAAGCAAGUCUUAUUUAAUGUCAUCAGUUGGUUUUGUUUUUCAGGUAGCUCUCGUUCUGCUUUUAAACUGUUGUCUUGAGAACUGAAAUGUCUUGUAUGUGUGAUCAUAUGCAAUUUUGUCCACUUGAAUCAUGUUACCAUUUGCUAUUUUCAGACGUUAGAACUCUUUGCUCCUGUCAUCUUUUCUCGAAGGAUCAGGGUUGCAUUACAGUAUGUAGUAUCUACGAUGUUCCAGCCAGUGUGUAAAAGUAUGGGACUAUACGAAUAUGAAGGAUUUUUUUAAUUAACUAAAAAUUAAGCUGUGAACAGCAGUAGAAAUAUUUGUAUUUGUAUACAUUUUUAAUAUCUUGAUUGCCUUAAACUAUAGGUGUAGAACAUUAUUACUGUUGCCUUUCUAUUUGAAAAUAACCUAUGUUUAUAUCUAAAUGACUGUGUAGCUUACAUACAGUGUUAAUGCAGAAAUAUAUAUAUUCAUCUGUUAGAUAUUUGUCACUUUAUUAAUGUAAACAUAUUUCAUUUUGGAAGUACAAACUGAAUAAUAAUCUUAUGGCAUAGCUCAGCUACUACCUGUACUUGACCCAGGCUACAUAUAUGGCUAGUGUCGACACAUGAAGUGGGGAAAGAAAAUAUAUUUUUACCCAAACGUUCUUGUAUUUGCGUGCU